AUGACGGUGCAGGGCAACAGGACCUCUCCUGGACAACUGAUUGUUGACCCUGGCCAUGUGUCCCACGUGUCCCUCAGCAGUGGCAGCUGGAGUUCCUCGCCAGUUAAACUGAAAACCAAUGGCGGGAAAGUAGCAGCUGAGCGCUUCAGGUACAAAGAAGCAGAUUAUGACCUACUCAAGGCAAGUGACUUCACCUCUCUGUGCUUGGGCUUCCCCUUCCGUGAAAUGGGGAUGAUGAGAGUAUCCGCCGUGCAAGGCUGGUGUGCAGAAAUGUGGUGCUCCCAGGGGCAUCCCUGCUAUGGGGAUAAGCCCCUGCGGAAGGACUGCUGGAGGGUCAGGCCCCCUGUCGCCUCCGCUUACCCAGUCGUUAGCCCUGCUGACAAGGUCGAUGAUGCCUCUGCCUUGGAGACUGGUUCCUCUGUGACCCAGUUGCUGGCCCGAGACAUGGACAACGACCCCCUGGUGUUUGGCGUGUCUGGGGAGGAGGCCUCUCGCUUCUUUGCCGUGGAGCCUGACACAGGUGUGGUGUGGCUGCGGCAGCCGCUGGACAGAGAGACCAAGUCUGAGUUCACAGUGGAGUUCUCUGUCAGCGACCACCAGGGGGUGAUCACGCGAAAGGUGAACAUCCAGGUCGGGGACGUGAAUGACAACGCGCCCACGUUUCACAAUCAGCCCUACAGCGUCCGCAUCCCCGAGAACACACCGGUGGGGACACCCAUCUUCAUUGUGAACGCCACGGACCCCGACCUGGGUGCGGGCGGCAGUGUCCUCUACUCCUUCCAGCCCCCCUCCCUGUUCUUUGCCAUCGACAGUGCCCGCGGCAUCGUCACGGUGAUCCGGGAGCUGGACUACGAGACUACGCAGGCCUACCAGCUCACCGUCAACGCCACGGAUCAAGACAAGACCAGGCCUCUGUCCACCCUGGCCAACUUGGCCAUCAUCAUCACAGAUGUCCAGGACAUGGACCCUAUCUUCAUCAACCUGCCUUACAGCACUAACAUCUAUGAGCAUUCUCCUCCGGGCACAACCGUGCGAGUUAUCACUGCCAUUGACCAGGAUAAAGGACGUCCCCGGGGGAUUGGCUACACCAUCGUCUCAGGGAAUACCAACAGCAUCUUCGCCCUGGACUACAUCAGUGGAGCGCUGACCUUGAACGGCCUACUGGACCGGGAGAACCCCCUGUACAGCCAUGGCUUCAUCCUGACCGUGAAGGGCACAGAGCUGAAUGAUGACCGCACCCCGUCCGAUGCCACAGUCACCACAACCUUCAACAUCUUGGUUAUCGACAUCAAUGACAAUGCCCCAGAGUUCAACAGCUCUGAAUACAGCGUGGCCAUCACUGAGCUAGCCCAGGUCGGCUUUGCUCUACCCCUCUUCAUCCAGGUGGUGGACAAGGACGAGAACUUGGGCCUGAACAGCAUGUUCGAGGUGUACCUGGUGGGGAACAACUCCCAGCACUUCAUCAUCUCCCCCACCUCUGUCCAAGGGAAAGCGGACAUUCGCAUCCGGGUGGCCGUCCCCCUGGACUAUGAGACUGUGGACCGCUACGACUUUGAUCUCUUUGCCAAUGAGAGUGUGCCUGACCACGUGGGCUAUGCCAAGGUGAAGAUCGCCCUCAUCAACGAGAAUGACAAUCGGCCCAUCUUCAGCCAGCCACUGUACAACGUCAGCUUGUACGAGAACGUCACCCUGGGGACCUCUGUGCUGACAGUCCUGCCCGUGGCCCCGCUGGCUUUCACCAAGAUGCUCCUUGCAAUCAGUCACCUGGUGCCUGAGGUCCCACGGAUCCUCUUGGCAGCCAGAGAGCAAGUGCCGGAGGCUGAGGUCGUCAGCUCCCCACCCCCAGCCAUCUUCACAUAUCGGGGCCUGGCUCGUCUGGGCAGCCUCCAGUGCCUGAGUCUAAGCCUUGCCCACCUCCUUCUCAACACCCCUGGCCCCAGGGUUGUGGAGUCGUGCAGAUAG